GGUCAUGCAAAAUGGACAAUGUAUAAUUUUAGUUAGGUAAAAGACAAACUUCUAAGAUCAAAUUGCCCGUCCUUAAAUAUACCAAAAAGCUCAUAAGAAUAAGCUAGCAGCCUUGCAUGAUUCCAAGAUAAAAGCUUAACAACACACGUAGUUCUUCUUUCCAGCAUCAUGGAAGUGGUUGAAGAAAAAGGCCCUGCAAAUGGGAAAGAAGAUUACACUCAAGAUGGUACAGUAGACCUAAAAGGUAGACCUGUUUUAAGAUCGAAGACUGGACGAUGGAAAGCUUGCUCCUUCAUAGUAGGGUAUGAAGUGUUUGAGAGGAUGGCUUACUACGGGAUAGCAUCAAACUUAGUGAUCUAUCUAACAGACAAGCUCCAUGAGGGAACUGUGGAAUCUGCAAACAACGUUAGCAACUGGAAGGGGUUGGUGUGGAUGAUGCCACUUGUAGGAGCUUACAUAGCCGAUGCUUAUUUCGGUCGCUAUUGGACCUUUGUAAUUGCAUCAUGCAUUUAUCUCUUGGGAAUGUGUUUGUUGACUCUAGCAGUCUCAGUAACAUCUUUGAGGCCACCAGAAUGUGCACAAGGAGUUGCAGACCAAAAUUGCCCCAGAGCGUCACCAUUGCAAAGGGGUAUUUUCUUCCUUGCCCUGUACAUCAUUGCUGUAGGAACAGGAGGAACCAAGCCCAACAUUUCUACAAUGGGAGCAGACCAAUUUGACGAGUUCGAGCCCAAAGAGAGCACCUAUAAACUUUCCUUCUUCAAUUGGUGGUAUUUCAGUAUUUUCCUAGGUACCCUAUUCUCCAACACUUUCGUAAUCUACAUACAAGACAGAGUGGGUUGGGCCGUAGGAUAUGGCCUUCCUACCAUUGGACUUGCGGUUUCAGUAUUGGUAUUUCUGGUAGGAACUCCAUUGUAUAGGCAUAAAUUGCCCUCAGGCAGCCCUAUGACUAGAAUGCUACAAGUCUUUGUGGCAGCUAUGAGAAAGUGGAUGACACGGGUCCCAGAAAAUCCAAGAGAGCUACAUGAGUUAAGCAUAGAAAAGUAUGCAUGCAACGGGAGAAAUAGAAUUGAUCGCAGCUCUUCCUUGAGUUUCCUUGACAAAGCGGCUACAAAGACAGGCCAAACUUCACAAUGGAUGCUUUGUACAGUGACACAAGUUGAGGAAACCAAACAAAUGACAAAAAUGAUUCCGAUUUUGAUUACAACACUUAUCCCAAGCACAUUGAUAGUUCAAUCAACUACACUCUUCAUUAAACAAGGCACCACGCUAGACAGAAGAAUGGGACCACAUUUUGAUAUCCCUCCAGCAUGUCUCACAGCAUUUACAACUAUCUUCAUGCUUAUAAGCAUUAUAGUCUAUGACCUUGCUUUUGUGCCAAUGAUCCGGAGAUACACAAAGAACCCCAGAGGGAUCACACUGUUGCAGAGACUAGGAAUUGGCCUAGUGUUGCACAUCGCUAUAAUGGUCACUGCAUGCUUGGCUGAAAGGAAGAGACUCAGUGUUGCAAGAGAAAACAACCUCUUUGGCCGACAUGAUACAAUUCCCCUCUGUUAUACCCUGAUUUUGGACCUAAAAAUACUCGUUCAAAUUUCUUUUCUAAACACUGAUACUUGUCGGUUCGCUGUUAUUUUUCUCUGAAUCUUUACUCUCUUUUUAAAACG